AUGUCGCGGGCGGCGCGGGCGGCGCGCUCGGUGCGGGCCGGGCCCGGCGGGUCCCGCUCAGCCCCGCCGGCAGCGCCCAGACCCGUCCGCAUCCUCAUCCCGGCCGGCGGCGCCGCUCCGGGGCCACCGCUCGGGCCGGUGCUGGGGCAGCGCGGGGUCUCCAUCGCCGCCUUCUGCAAAGAUUUCAACGAGCGCACCCGGGAUAUCAAACCCGGGGUCCCGCUGAGGGUCCGGCUGCUCGUGCAUCCCGACCGGACCUACUCGCUGACCAUCGGGACCCCCCCCACCUCCUACUUCCUCAAGGCCGUGGCCGGAGUGGAGAAAGGAUCGGGCAGACCUGGCCACGAGCCGGCCGGGGUGGUGUCCCUGGCGCAGCUGUUCGAGGUGGCCGUGGCCAAGCAGAAGGACCCGGCCGUGAGCACCCGGGGGACGCCGCUGCCCGCCCUGGUGGGGUCCCUGGUGGGCUCUGCCCGCAGCCUCGGCCUGCUCGUGGUGCCCAGGCUGACCCCCCAGGCCGUGGCCGAUGUCCAGCGCCGGCGCCGGGAGCUCGAGGCGGCCGCAGCCCCCCCGGAGGGGCCGGAGGAUGAGGAGGGGGGGGCCAAGAGGAACUGACCCCUCCCCAAAAACCCCAAAAAUCUGCGGGGGGACCCCCAGAGCCCCCCCCAAAUAAAGAGAGCUCCUCCCCCA